AUGAAUAAUGGUAAUGUGUUACAACACUUUCGUGUCCAUGAAGAUCAAGCAGGUAAGAAGGUCCAGAGGAACAGGCCCGUUUUGACAGAGGUCACUACAAUGACUGCGUAUCUCAGUUUGGUGCUUGUCAUGGCUGGUAUCCUGCAGAACACUGUCAUCUCCAUCCUUCUACCCACAGAUGGACAUAAUGCAUUGAAAAAGAUGGAACAUGCAAUUGGUGACGUACUAAAUGCUAGCUAUCAGGCUGAUAGGACUAUUAUAUAUAUCGCAGAUGACACCUUCAUGUCCAACAGUAUCUUGCAGAAUAGCAGUGUAUUGUUCGGCCCGUGGAGUAUUGGGGUAGUGAAGGUGUCUGUCACCGACUUUCACACAAACAAGACUGAAGCUUUUCUCUCCCUUCUCCUCGCUAAGGCUCGCCGGCUGAGGCAGAUGGCUCGGAAUGUGACAGUGGUGACGAUCAGUGAAGAUCCAAACUUCCUCGCUGCUUUUGGGGAGAUGUCUCUCAAACAACGUCUCUUUGUGUGGGCUACUAGGCUGCUCAUUGUCACCCAGCUUCCUCUCCCAGAUUUACGACGUCUUCUCAGCUCACACUGGACUUUUACCAUGAUGAAUACUUUGUUUAUGAAUUUUGAGGAAGUUAAUGGUCUAACAAGAGGCGGUCUUUAUGCCCAUUUACCUUACAGCCUACAAGGAGCUCAGGUGCUUCGCAUUGCCACCUGGACACAAGAGCAAGGUGUUACUUUCAUUACGAAUUUGCCACUGUUCUCUGAAAAGUUUUCCAAUUUCUACGGGAUGAAGGUGAACGUCACAGCACUGCCGUUCCCACCUUACUGGAACGUGGUGGAGGAGACAGAUGACGCUGGAACUAUAAUACCGCGAUACUCCGGCACCGAUUACCUUAUGUUGGAAACCACAGCACAAACCCUCAACUUUACCACCAAUGUUCUCCCUACAUCCAACUGGGAAGAAGUGACGAAACGUGUAGAGGAAAGAACUUCGUUCAUAGCUACUGUGAUAUAUGCCGUGUUCCCCCAGCGUCUCCAAUACUAUGACUAUUCCUUCAUGUUUGAGUACGCCUUCCAUGCCUUCAGUAUGGCUAAGCCUGCUCUUAAACCCGGUUGGCAAAGUCUCUACUAUCCUCUCACUAACGAAGUCUGGGCAUCCAUCCUUGCAGUGCUCUUGGUAGUGCCGCUGCCCCUACUCUUGAUAGACCUACUGAAGAAUAAAGCACAGAACACUGAUCAUCUACAAACAGGUUCUAUAAUUCUGGAGGUAUUUGGGAUGCUGCUGGGCCAGGAACUUUCUAAGAAACUAUCCAGUGAUAUGUCCAGUCGACUGCUCGUAUCAGCAUGGAUUGUUUUUGCCUUCAUUGUAGGCACGGCUUACCGUGGCAACCUCACCGCCUCCCUCACCGCCCCGAAGUACCCUGCACGCGUCGAGACACUGGAACAGCUCGUCAGUUCCGGGGCCAGCUACAGGAGGGAAAUGAAGAAAGUUCUACGUCGUGAAAAGUCUGGCGCAGGCACCGACAACUUCUGCCAACCGUCUCUAUGGUUUUACAAUGAUCUACAUUUCCUGCGAUAUCAAGAAAUCCAGGAAGAAGGAGUGUCUAUCAUGGAUAGCAAUGAAGAUGGAAAUGAAAAAUCAAUGGAUAAGUUUUUAGGAUGCAGUCAUCCGAGUCGAACUGAUGAUGCAAUAGAUGUUCUGGCAAAAACUUGGGCUGCAGAAUUCAGAAAAUUACGUGAGCAGCAGCAAAUUUAUGCUAGAAAGGCAUUAAACGGCUUUCUCUUUGAAGGUCGUUUAGGGAUUAUACACAGACACUCGGUGAAAAUAAGUGAACCAAACAUUAUAUAA